GUGUAAAGUCAAGCAGUGCUCGUGACAGAUAAAUAUUAUUCGAAUUAAAUUUAAAUAAAACUUAUGUUGACUUUUUUUGUUAUAUUUUGCUGUGUACGGCCACAAUAACUGAACACAAAAUGAACCGAGAGACACGUCAAAAAUCGCAAGAAUCAAAUCCAAUAUCAAAUGCGUCGAUCCUGUCGAAAUUAACAUUCUGGUGGCUAAAACCGUUGUUUAUAAUCGGUUUGAAACGUGCAAUCGAAGAGGACGACAUUUUUGCCAUCACAAACAGUAUGCGAAGUGAUCAAAACACGAGAAAAUUUGCAAAGUUAUGGGAACUAGAAUUAAAGAAGAAAAAUCCAAGCAUGAUUCGCGUUAUGCUGAGGGCAAACGGUUACAAAGUUCAUAUAAUUGGCAUUCUAUGCUCACUAAUAGAGACAUUAGCGAGAUUGAUUCAACCGAUUUGUCUGGGUGGUCUGGUCACCUAUUUUGCCCAAAAUAAUCCAACGGACACAAUGCUGUACGAUUCGUAUAUGUACGCUACAGGCAUUGUUUUGUCAACAGCCGUUUUGAUUGUAUCAUAUCACCCAUUCAACUUGUACAUGCUGAAAACGUCCUGUAAAGUGCGAUUGGCGUGUAGUGGAUUGAUUUACGAGAAAGCAUUGCGCCUGCUCAAGUCAUCGACUGAAGAGGGUCAAACUGGUAAAAUUAUUAAUUUAAUGUCGAGCGAUUUGGCAAAGUUCGACAUUGGUUUCUCGUUCUUGCACGACAUUUGGAAGGGUCCGCUACAAGCAUUGAUUGUGUCAGUUGUGAUCUACAUGGAAAUUGGCAUCUCAGCUGUUGUUGGUAUGGCAUUUUUGGUAAGUUUCAUUCCGUUACAAGCUUGGAUCGGCAGACAAUCAGCAAAUUUACGAACAAAAACCACUGAAAGAACUGAUUUUCGCGUUAAAAUCAUGAACGAAAUCUUGUUUGGUAUUCAAGUCAUUAAAAUGUAUGCCUGGGAAAAAUCGUUCGCCAAGAUGGUCAACAGAAUUCGCAAGAAAGAAGUGAAUGCUAUUCGAUCAAUUGCGCACAUACGGGCGACACUCAAUUCGUUGGCAAUGGUAUCAAAAAUGUCGAUAUUUUUGAGCAUAAUUUCGUACGUUUAUUUCGGCAACGUGGUUACAGCCCGAAAAGUGUUCAUUGUGUCAUCGUACUUCAAUAUUUUGAACCAUGUCAUGGUACACAUCUGGCCGAUUGCAUUGAUAAACACUGCAGAAGCGUAUGUGUCGGUGAAACGCGUCCAGGAGUUUCUGAUGCGUUCAGAGUCUACAAGUACACUAAGAGUGUCCGAAGAAGGUAAAUUUUACUCAAAUAACGUUGACUUAUCGAACGACGGAAUUAAAUUGAAGUCAAACGAAUUGGUGUCUUUCGCCAAAAACUCUGACACAGCUCGACGUAUUCACAAUGCAGAUAGUCCACAAAAAUGUAUCCGAUUGGCAAAUGCAACAUCGGUUUGGGAAAAUAGUGACAGCUCGCAACUUACUGGAAUAAUGGACAUGAAUAUUGAAAUAGAGUCAGGACUGUGCGCAAUAGUUGGCCAAGUCGGUUCAGGUAAAUCGACUUUACUGAAUCUUAUACUUGGUGAAUUGUCGCUGAGCUCCGGAUCGAUGACUAUAAGUGGUACAAUUAGCUACGCAUCCCAAGAUCCGUGGAUAUUCGAAGGCUCGGUUCGGAGUAAUAUUGUGUUCGUAGAAGAAUUUGAUAGACAACGAUACAAUAAAGUGGUUGAACUUUGUGCAUUGGAUCGUGACUUCAAGCUACUACCCAAGGGAGAUGCUACAAUCGUUGGCGAACAGGGAUCUUCGCUUAGUGGUGGACAAAAGGCCCGUGUUAAUUUAGCUCGUUCAAUUUAUAAAGAGGCGGACAUUUAUUUACUGGACGAUCCAUUGUCUGCUGUGGACACGAAUGUCGGUAAACACAUCUUCGAAAAGUGUAUCGAAGAAUUUUUGGCCAAUAAAAUUUGCGUUCUCGUUACGCAUCAACUGCAGUACUUGACAAAUGUACAACAUGCAAUACUUUUGCAUAUGGGCAAGGUGGUGGGUCAGGGACCAUUCCAAAUUCUGCAGAAAUCAAACAAGGAGCUGCUUACACACUCUCAGGUGGAAGGUGACCAUAACGUUGUCGAUUUCUCACAGAGCCGGUCCCGUAAGAAAUCGUCCACGGUGUCGAUCUGUAGCAUGAAUUUAAACGAUGAAGUAGACGAACGCAAGGAGCAACAUAUGACCGGCAACAUUCAAUUCAGUACAUACACAAAAUAUUUUAGAGCUGCCCACAAUCACACGUUGCUGAUCAGUGUCGUCAUUCUAUUCAUUUUAACACAAUUCGCUCUGAGUUGGUCCGAUUACUUCCUAGCAAAUUGGGUCGAUUGGGAAAAAAGAGUAGCUAUGCCUGCAGUCAAAAUAUCAUUCAAUGCAACUGAAUUACCUUCAGAGAGGACCAAUGUAAAUGAAUCAAUUGUGAAAGUGGAACGUGAACGCCUCCUCCUAAUAUACACUAUUAUCAUGGUGCUGGGCACCAUUUGCGUUGUGUGCCGUUCCUUUUCCUCGUUCCGAAUGUGCCUACGCAUAUCAAUCAAUUUACACGACAUGAUAUUCCGUGGAAUCAGUCGCGCUAAAAUGGCUUUUUUCCAUAACAAUCCCAGCGGACGAAUUUUGAACCGAUUCGCCAGAGAUAUUAACAAUAUUGACUCAUUGCUGCCGAGUAUUAUGAUUGACGUUUUACAUAAUUUUUUGCAAUACAUAGCCAUCGUUGUGAUCAAUGCUAUCGUAGAUCCGUGGUUGUUACUUCCAGCUGCUAUGAUGACUAUACUUUUCUAUUUGAUGCGUGUCGUCUAUGUGAAUACCGGACGCAGUUUUAAACGAAUUGAAGCCAAAAGUAGAAGUCCAAUAUUCUCGCAUGUAAAUGCAACUCUUCAAGGUCUCUCCACUAUUCGUGUAUUCAAAGCAGAAAAAAUACUUCAAAAUGAAUUCCACGAGUUUCAAGACUUCAACACGUCGUGUUGGUAUUUAUUCGCCAGUGGAUCGCAAUGUUUGGCCCUUUGGCUAGAUCUGGUGUGUCUUUUAUACAUCACCUUCGUCACUUACAGUUUUCUGGUAUUCAGUAAUGCCAAGGAAAGUGGCAAAGUCGGUUUGGCAAUAUUGAGUAGCAUCAGUUUGAUUGGAACGUGUCAGUGGGGUAUGCGUCAAAAUAUUGAAAUGGAAAAUCAAAUGAUAUCCGUCGAACGGGUCAUUGAAUAUGCUGAAUUACCAUCGGAGCCGCCACUAGAAUCUGAUAAGCAGAAUGCACCGCCUAAAGAUUGGCCUAACCGUGGAAACAUUGAAUUCAAAUCGUUGAACUUAAAAUAUGCUGAAAAUGGUUCUCGUAUUUUAAGGAACCUAACUUUUCGAAUCAACGCUAAGGAAAAAAUUGGGAUUAUUGGUCGAACAGGUGCUGGAAAGAGUUCGAUCAUUCAGGCGCUUUUCCGUCUGGCACAAAAUGAGGGUCAGAUUGUGAUCGAUGGAAUCGAUAUCAGUAUGAUUGGUCUACAUGAUUUGCGGAAAAAAAUUGCAAUCAUUCCACAAGAGGCGAUCCUGUUUUCAGAAAGUAUUCGAUUCAAUUUGGAUCCAUUCGCUGAGCGAACGGACGCCGAAAUCUGGAAUUCUCUGGAAUUGGUCGAAUGUAAAUCCGUUAUUUCGGCAUUGCCUGGCGGUCUCGACUGUAAAGUGCUUGACGGCGGACUAAACUUUAGUGCUGGUCAGCGUCAACUACUCUGUUUGUCUCGAGCAAUUUUAAGGAACAAUAAAAUAUUGAUUCUUGACGAGGCAACGGCUAAUGUUGACUCAGAAACGGACAAAUUAAUCCAAGAAACAAUCAGAAAGCAAUUCACUGACUGUACUGUCAUCACGAUAGCCCAUCGAUUACAUACAAUUAUAGACAGCGAUAAGGUAAUUGUAAUGGAUGCUGGAAAAAUCAGAGAAUUCGAUCAUCCAUACAAACUGAUUCAAAUGCGAGGUGGUUUCUUCAAGCGAUUGCUCGAUCAAACUGGCAGUACAACGGCGAAAGAGCUCUCCAGUGUUGCCAAAAAGAGCUACGAUUUAUCCAUUACGAAAAACGUGAACUGCUCAAGCGGGUAAGAAUUUUUCAUAAAAAAUUCAUCAUUAGUAUCAGUAAACACAUCAGGGUAUUUCAUAGAACCUAUGUUUUUAUUUGUGAAAUAAAUGAAGAAGAAGUGUGACAGGAUAAUUUUUGUAUUUUAAAACUUCAAUGUGCCAAGGCCGUUACUGGUCCUGCCCCACUUGUUGUACAUUAGGAAUACAAUAAGUGUACAUUAAAUGAACA